AUACGUUGGGCUGACCAGAUUGGAAAACUAAACUGGACCUGGGCCGACCUGAACUCGAAUCGGGUCAAAAAUGCCCAGCCACACCGCAGUCUCCUUCAGCUUUCACUCCGGCCAAUCCAUCCAAGCCCUUCAGCUAGGGUUUCAUCAAUCAUCAUUUCUUCGUUUCACAACUGAGGGACCUUAGAUUCCCACAUUUUAAGCCUUAAGGAUCCUGGUGUCUGAAGAAAGCUUUGUGAACUGAAAGCAUCUUGAAUGUAUGGAACUGAAUGGUGAUAGUGAACUUGGGGAUACAGUAGCUUUAUCCUCAUGAAGCGGGUAUCCAGUUUCUUUCUAGGUUGUUGAUGAUUUUGCUGAAUAUUGAUAUUCAUGCACAAGAUGAUUUUUUUUUUAUUUUUUUUUAUAGUACUUUUGCAUUUGCUUCUGGUUUCUCUUUGAAAUAGAUCUUUUCUGAGUUCCCCAAACUUUUGUUGCAUAUCUUGGGUUUUGGUUAAUAUAUUCUGUACUGCGGAGGUUGCCUUGUUUAUGUCCAUUGGCUCAUGGAAACUUUGGCAUUUGACCUGUUCUGAUUAUUAUUAUUAUAAGGUGAUUUAUGCAUCGGUGUCUAAAAUCUGAAAGUACUUCAAUUUGUUGAUUCAACGGAGAGUAUGACUUCAGAUAGUGCUGAAUGGUGAAAAAGGGUUUAAAUCCUUGUUGAUUUUGAGAAUAAUUCAAUUUAUUGGAAAUUGAUGGAAAAUCAAUGGUUAUUUUAGAUGCUACUAUGUUGUAUUUAUGACAGUAGUACUCUGCUUAUGAAGAUCAUUGAAGCAGAUUUUUUCACAUGAGCUGCUUUAAGAAUCAUCUAUAUUUUCAUCUAUGCAACGUUUUGGGCGUGGUUUCCGCUUUCUUAGUUCAGCUUCAGCAAGCCAGAGGGUGGAGUGGGAUCCAACUGUGUCCCUUGCUCUUAAGCAUGCCACCCUUAUUCUUCUUGAGAAGUGCAGUACAAGGGAUCAUUUCAAACAGAUCUUGGCUCAAAUAAUGAGGAUAAAUCUUAUUGGUCAAACAUUUCCAAUGAGCAGGCUUAUUUUGUUCUCAGCAAUUACACACCCUGAGAAUUUAGACAUGGCUGUCCUCCUCUUCCGUCAUCAUACUCCUCAUCCCAAUCUCUACAUUUAUAACACCAUGAUCUCAGCCUUGUCCCUAUCAUUGAAUCAGUCAUUUGCCUUCUAUAAUUCCUUGCUCAGCUCUUGCAUUUACCCCAAUAGAAGUACCUUCCUUUUCUUACUCCAAGCCUCCAAAUUUUUAUCACAAGUGAUGCAAAUCCACUGCCAUGCGAUUAUUACAGGUUCCUUCUACUAUGGUUACUUGCAAAACACCCUCAUGAAGAUUUAUUUGGAGAAUGAGAAAAUGGGGCUUGCUUAUCAGGUGUUCCAACAGAUGGCUGCACCAGAUGCUGUAUCAUUCAAUAUUAUGAUUUUUGGAUAUGCCAAGAAGGGGCACAAUAUAGAAGCACUUAAAUUUCUCCAUGAGAUGGUGGGUUUGGGCCUUAAACCUGAUGAAUUUACCAUGUUGGGUCUACUUAUUUGCUGUGGGCGGUUAGGAGAUGCACAAUUAGGCAAGUCAGUUCAUGCAUGGAUUGAGCGCAGAGGGUUGAUCAAGUCUUCGAAUUUGAUCUUGAAUAAUGCUCUUCUGGAUAUGUAUGUCAAGUGCAAGGAGUUGAGGAUUGCCCAAAGUAUUUUUAAUGUCAUAGUGAGGAAGGAUACCAUUUCUUGGAACACAAUGAUUGCUGGAUAUGCUAAGGUUGGAAAUUUAGAAAUUGCCCACAAUUUCUUUGAAGAUAUGCCUUGCAGAGACCUUGUUUCUUGGAACUCGAUAAUUGCUGGGUAUGCCCAGAAGGGGGAUUGUUUGAUGGUACAAAGAUUAUUUGAAAACAUGGUUGCUGAGAAUAUUUGGCCUGAUUUUGUCACAAUUAUUAAUUUAGUUUCUGCUGCUGCGGAGAUUGGAGCUCUGCACCAUGGUAGAUGGAUCCAUGGUUGGGUGGUCAGGAUGCAAAUGAAAAUAGAUGCUUUUUUGGGUUCGGCUUUCAUAGACAUGUAUUGGAAGUGUGGGAGCAUCAAAAGAGCUUGCAUGGUUUUCAGGGAGGUUACUGAAAAAGAUGUAACUGUGUGGACAACAAUGAUCACAGGAUUUGCAUUCCAUGGUUAUGGAAGCAAAGCUUUACAACUAUUCUAUGAGAUGCAGGAAUACGUAAUGCCAAAUCAGGUGACUUUUGUUGCUGUUCUCACUGCUUGUAGUCAUAGUGGAUUUGUGAGUCAAGGCCUUAGAAUUUUCAAUAGUAUGAAGGAAAGAUAUGGUAUUGAACCAGGAGUUGAGCACUAUGGCUGUCUGGUGGAUCUUCUAGGCCGUUCAGGGAGGUUUUCCGAAGUCAAAGAUGUGAUUGAGAUGAUGCCAAUGAAACCAAGUCGGUCCAUCUGGGGAGCAGUACUGAGUGCUUGUAGAGCCUAUGGAAAUAUAGAAAUAGCAGAGAUAGCUGGGAAAGAGCUGCUAAAAUUGGAGCCUGAGAAAGAGGGUGGAUAUGUUUUGUUGUCCAAUAUAUAUGCUACUAGUGGGAGGUGGAAACAUUCAGACAAGAUCAGAGAAAUUAUGGAAAGUCGAGGAGUGAAGAAGACUGCUGGUUGCAGUAGUGUUGUUGUUGAUGGAAUUAUUCAUGAGUUUGUGGCUGCAGAUAAGCGGCAUCCAAGAUGGAUAGAGAUUCAAUCCAUUUUGUUCUGUCUGAAAAGUGAAAUGAAGUUAGGAACUGAUUUUUUGUUGGAGUACUUACAACCAUGGUGCUCAUGUUGACUGAGGUUUGUUCUUUGGAAAUUCCCCAUUUUCGGUAAAAUAAAUGUUGGAGAUGUAUCAUGCAUAGGUAUCUGGGUUUUACAUGAAUUCUAAGUUCUCAUUUCUUUAAUAGAUUUGAUGUACCUGCCUGUGAUACGACUAUAGAUGUCCAUAGUCUUCAUGUGGAUCCUGUUCCUGUUUUAUAUAUGACCAUACAUGUUAAUGAAAACUGUUCUACAUGGGUUCAGUUGUGGA